AUGGUACAAUCAAAGAAGUUCAGAGGUGUUAGGCAACGCCAGUGGGGCUCUUGGGUUUCCGAAAUUCGUCACCCCUUACUGAAAAGAAGGAUUUGGCUGGGCACAUUUGAGACAGCAGAGGCGGCGGCACGAGCAUAUGACCAAGCGGCCAUCUUGAUGAACGGCCAGAAUGCAAAGACAAAUUUUCCAGUAGGAAAGAAUGAUGCCAAUCACACACACUCCAGUGAAGACUCAUCUUUUUCUCCAUCAGCAUUAUCAGACAUGCUUACUGCAAAGCUUCGAAAAUGUUGCAAGGAUCCAGCACCUUCACUUACUUGUUUAAGGCUUGAUACAGAUAAUUCUCACCUUGGAGUGUGGCAAAAGAGUGCGGGACGACGACCCGUCUCCAACUGGGUCAUGAGAGUUGAGCUUGGGAACAACAAGAAACAAAAUCCCGAUGAUGCAUUGCCAUCCUUGUCAUCGUCGGAAUCUCUGUCGUCUGGGAUUGAUGGAGCAGGCGGCGAAAUGGAUGAAGAGAAUAAGAUUGCUAUGCAAAUGAUUGAAGAACUUCUGAACUGGAAUUGUCCAAUACCGCCUUCACCUCCUAAUGGAAUCAACAAAGGAAAAGGUCCUUUGCUUGUCUAGUCCUCGGUAGUUCAGUAUAUCCCCUGCUUCCUUUGCUAUCUCGAAGAACUUAUGUAGUUGUCAACACAAGAAGCCACCUCACUGCUCUUUUAAUAACUUAAGCCUAUGUAUAUCACAUAGGUAAGAACAAGACGAAAGGAAAAUUGCUCUGCAUUUUCCUUCAAUAUAACGAUAUGUACAGUAGGUAUAGCAUAUUGUACUUUCUUGCCUCCAACGUAAUGAUAUGUAUAGUUGAUUUGAAAGAAAACAGGGUUGAAUUGGCUGUGAUGGC